CCAGUCGCCCGGCAGACCGCAGACCGCGCACGCACAAUGCUGCGGAUCAAAAACCCGUAAUACGAUAUUACGCGUAACAACAGCAAUAACAAUAAUAACAAUAAUAAUAAUAAUAAUAAUAAUAUUAUUACCGUAAUAAAACGCCGUUGUCGUCGUCGUCGUCGUCGUCGUCCCGCCGGUGCGCGCGACACCCGGUUCCGUCCGAACGUUAUUUCCGUAACGCGUUUCAACACCGUAUUGUUAUUACCCAUUACUAUACGGGCGCCCCGACGUCACUGCGCGCGCAACGACAAUAGUAACAACAAUAAUAAUAAUAAUAAUAAUAAUAAUAGUAAUUGUAAUAAUUGUUAAUAAUAGGUACGUAUACCGUUUGAGAAAAAAAAAAAACAAAUAACAACAACGUACGCCGACGACAAUAAUUAUUCGAUUAUUAUCAUUAUCGACCAUCGCCGGCCCCUGUCAUCGGCGCCCCGAUUUCGCCGAUUUUCGCGUGCCUGUUUCCGGGGAAUCGAUACGUUUUUCUACCGACCGGCGGGAAACCGUACGAUAUAAUUGAGAAAAAAAAAUAAUAAUAAUAAUAAAACCCGACCGAGCGCACGGUUUUUUAAAUUUUUCUUAUUUCUUUUUUCUUUUUCUAUCGUCCGCAAGCAUGUCGCGCGGCUCCCGCAAAACGGCGCGCGCGUUUCUGUGCUGGGCAACGGCGUUCGCGAUUUCCGCGACGUUCCGUUCCGCGUGCUCCGCCGAACCGAUGGACAACUGCUGGCGCAAAGUGUGGUCGUUGACGCCACCGUGCACGGAACUGAACGACGGCGACGGCAACGGGAGGCUUUGCAUAUCCAAUUCGAGAGUGAGUAAACCCGACGGGGGACAAUUUUUUUUCACCGCUCGAACCGCGAGUACCGAUCGGAAUGCGCAUUGAAUGUAAUAAAUUACACGGUCAUAUUUUAUAUAAGUACCAGGCGCACAACUAAUGAAAAAAAUUGAGAAAAAAAAAAAAGCUGUCCUAGGACAAGUGGUACGGGUGCAGUCACUGUUGUAUGUAAUUCAAUGUAUAUCUGUACGCAACGAUCAACCGUCGCUAACGAAAAAACGAUUCUGAGCGGAGUCGUUCGGUUGAUAGUGUGGCUCUGUUGACAAUAUAAUGUAUACGUAUAGGCGUGUCGUAUUAUGGUAAAAUAAUUAUACAAGUCUAUGCAUUGUAUAUGUUCCUUAAAUAUUUAUAUAUUUAUAUUUAAAUAUAUUUUCUUUAUUUAUUGGGAAAGCUCCUGGGAAAAUCAAAAAAUUUACCUCCCUAAAGUAACUACCCGGUCAGAUAUCCUUUCAGAAAAAGUGCCGUCAUUGAAAAUCUGAGCGAAAUUGCUGGUAGAAACAAAUAAAAUAAUACAUAUCGUUGUAAAACCAAGGCAUUCCUCGCUCCACUCAGAAUCUAAAAUAAUAAUGUAUUUAAAUUAUAAUUGCCGCAAAGAUUACAAUAGUAUUACAUCGGUAUACGAGACUCGGGAAAUUUUUAUUAAGUAGGUAUUGAUGUCUCAUCAACGGUGUACGACGACCAAUUAUAACAACGCCGGGAUCAAAACGGUUUUGACGCAAAUAUUAUUAAAACGAGGUGGCCUGUUAUACUCUUGAUGCACAUUCACCUAACGGUCAGCGGCCGAAUAACAGAAUGGUUUAGCUUAGAUUUAAUCGCGAUUUUAAAUCGCGUUUUUGUCUGACCGGGACUGUCCGAUUCGUUUAAAUAGGAACUCGUUACGAUUAUCGUUUGUGCCCCGGGGCAAUCGAAUUAUAAUAGAUUUGAUAUUUUGUUAUCGUUGUUAUUACAUGGUUAGACAAAUGGCCAACAAUUAAAUAUAGUUUUCCAAGAAGAUAAAAAUAAAAAAACAAUAAUAAAUCCAGACCAUUUAUCUACAUUGUUCGUUUCUUUCCAUAACCGAAAUGAGGAAUUGUCACCUACAGCAUGUGUGUGUAGGGUUUUGUUUUCCGUUUUUUUUUUCGGGUGAGGGGGGGGGGGUUAAGUUGCGAAAUUGUUUAAAACGGUAAUUUUUGGUCUGUAAAUAAUCAUAAACCAGAUAUCAUAAUGGUUUAAAUACAUUUAAAAUGUAUUUACUCGUAAGUUUCACGUUACAGAUUUUAAAAUCCGACGCACCACGAAUGGGCCACGGUGGUUAGGGGGACGUGUUGAACGUGGGUCGGGAAUUCAAUUUAUAUCUAUGAUGUUUCGUAUAUGCUUCGAUUAAUCAUUGUUGACGAAAAACCAUCAUUCUAAGUAAAUUUCAAUGAUUUGUAUUACUAUACUUAUGAUUAAUUAUAAUUGUUAUUAUUCUUUAAGUUUUGAGUACCGGUUUUUAAUUGAGCCAAAUAAGUUUUAUCUAUAUACAUCAGGAAAUAGUUACUCGAAAUGUCAUGAUAUUUAAGAUUUUCAUCAAAAUGCAUAUACUUAAAACGGUUAUAAAAAAAACCUAUUACAUUACGUUUAACUUUUCAAUUUUUACUAUUAAUUCCACUCAUGUCAAAUUGUUUAGUAUAUUUGCUGGGCUAAAAAAAAAAUGUAUUCACAUAAAAGUCGAAUAGUUAGUAAAUAAUUCAAAAAAUGCCAGAAUAUUUUGAAAAUUGUACUACGCCUUAAAAGUUUAGUUCAGUAUUCCGUGAAAGGUAUAGAUUUCUAUGAUUAUGUUUAACCAUCAUGAAUUAUAAUUAGAGUUUUUUUUAAGGUGAUUGUAUGUGAGUUUGCACGGCUUUUAAUGUUUUAUAUUUGUUAGCACUUAUUUUAGAUUUUAAAUGGAACGAGGAAUGUAUUGGUUUUACAAUGAUGUUUAUUAUUAUUUUUUUUUUAUGUAAACACUUUCUCUACUAGAAAUCAUACUCCGAUUAUCAAGUAUAGCACCUUUUCUGAAAGGAAAUUUUCUCUGGUUGGUACUUAGAAGAGGUCAUUUUUGAAAUUCUCAUUAAUAUUUGAGAUAAUGAGGAAAACCUUAAUCUUCAGGUUAAAAAAGAUUGAAAGUAAAUAAAAUAAGGCUGUCAUUAGCAACCGUUUUUAUUGAUUUUUUUAUUAUUUUAAUCUUUUUUAAACAAUCAUUGAAACGCACAUUGUUUUAGUUAUUUUAUCAUAAUAUGACAUAACACCAUGUACUGUAUUGUUGACAAAGCAACAUGAUCAACUUAACUCGUUUCAGAAUCGUUUUUUGUUAGUAAUGGUUAACCGUUGCGUUUACAGAUAUACAUUAAAUUUCCCCUCUACCUUCCCAACUAAACAUUAAUAACAGUGGCCUCACGUAUCUACGCACCCACGUGCGAAGUAUGUCCAUCUUUUUUUAUUAUAAUUCUGUUAGAAAAUAAUUGUAGAGAUCUGAAAUUUUUUAUAGAAUAUCGAGUAGAGUAUACUUACAUGUACGUCGUGCAAUUAUCAAAAUAUUUUAUUCAUUUUUCAGCUACUUAUAGACAUUUUAUAUAUUUUUGUGAUUUUUUUUAGUUUAAUUUGAUUUUAUGCGUAUAUAUUCAACAAUUGUUUUGUAUGUACAUAAAUGUUUGAAAAUUUACAUGAUGUUCAACAGUUGUAGAUACUUAACAGUAAAAAAAAAAAAUUGAGAAUAGUUAUAAUUCUUUUUAUAAGUGUUUAAAGUUCAUAUUUUGACAAAACCCGUAAAAAUAAUGUAGCAGUUCGUUUAUUAUUUAUCUAUUUAAGUGAAUAGAUUAUUUUGCUUGAAAAAUUGAUUGAAAAUUUAACACGAAGCUAAUCACAAGUUGUACUUGUUCGGGAGAAGAAAUAGAGCGACAAAAUGAUUCUAUUUCAAAACAUGUUUAACCGAACUUCGCACAGAAUCGUACUUCAUUAGCAAUUAUUGCAUACAGAUGAAAAAUUAAAUAACACAUAUGCCGUAUUCCAUCUACACAUAUAUACUUACAGCAGUAACACACCACAUUUGAAAUCUUCAUGGUUUCAAUUGAUUUUCUGUCGACAAAAUUGUUUUGGUCGAGCAAAAAAAGCUUACACAUUUAACACAAUAGGUUAACCUUAAGUUGUAUUUAAUGGAAAAAAUAAAGUUGAAUGUAAUGUAAGAGUUCUUUUUAUUAGACUUUUUAAGUUCAAAUUUGGACGAAAACCGUUAAACUCACGGAAUCUUAAAACACGUUCAUCUGGACUUGAACUUUAGUACAAAAUCGUUUUUCAUUAGCAAAGAUUUAUCGUUGCGUACAGAUAUAAAUUUAAAAUGCAUUCUACCUUUCCAACUCCCCACUUAUACCAGUGGCACAUCCGUUAGCAUUAUUAACUCUUUUUAAAAUAAUUAUUUUGUGUGUAGUAAUGAAUAAUACUCGCGCUCAGGCUAACUAUAAAUAGACUUCUAAGACUACUUAGUUUAUUUAGAAUACUUAAUAAUUCAUGAAUAACACAUCUAUUAUUAUUAAUCAUUUUAGUAUUUAAGUGUUUCGUAGCUGCGGUCGCGUGGAAAUUAUAGUUUUAUGUAGACCAAUAAUAUUAGUUAUAGGUUUUAUCGGUACUUAUAAAUUUGGUUCUUUUAUUCGACAUUGAUAUUUGAACCUAUUUCGAUAUCCUAAAAAACAAAAAAACAAAAACAAACCAUACGCAAAUAAUAAAGCUAACAAUGUCGAUUUUCAAUCACGUUGCAUAUUGGCUUUAGCAUAUUAUCAUAUUAUGAUGUCGGAGUAUCGGAAUAAAGCUAUCGAACCAAUAAAUCAAUCGAUGGUUUAUAUAUUGAAAACGGUUAAAAUAAAUUAAUACAAUAGUACUUAUUGGACAAAAUUAAGAAGGAGUAGACAGCAUAUAUGGCGAUAUAUAGGAUAUAUAUGGAUAGGCGUAUCCGUGAUUUCUAUUGCCCAAAUCGUUACCUAUAGUAAUAGAGCGGACGAAUACAACGAAACGUGUUUGAUAGUCGAUCGGAAGGAGGAAAUUCAAUUAUUGAUUGUAUAUUAAAUCGCGUUUCCGACGUAGACAAUAUUGUCGAGUCUGCAAUGCGGCAAUCACGGACUGAUCGUAAUAACUAAUUGUAUAAUAAUAUGAUUUAAUAUCGUCGUAUUUACAGAUUAUUUGUACGUAACUCAGAAAAUUUUUCUGUUCGAAUACGACCGCGUAUAUCACUAUAUCCCCCCUCCGUGUAUUACCUGGGUAUUACACGUUAUUGAAUUUCAUAAUUUUUCUAAUUCUCUCGUACUCUAUACGAGUUCUUAUACUUUGCGGUUUUUUUUUUUAAUUUUUUCAAUUAUACAAAUGUUAAAGCGAUAGAAUUCCAAUAGGCAGCUUUAUUCGAGCAAAUACAAACAUUUUUUUUUUCUCAAAUAUAGGCAAUAACGUAAAAUACCAGUAUUUUCAUAUUAUUUUGUCGAUGAUAAUUGAACAGAAAUUAUUGAUCGUUAUGACUUUAUUAUGAUAUCGCCUUUGUAGUUAUAGGAAUAUCUAUAACAAUCGUUUUUCAAAUAAAAACCGAUCGGUAUUUUCAAUCGUAAUUAACUUUUUAAUUAUUAUUUAUUUUUUUAUUUUUUCGUAUUUAAAAAUAUUAUAAUAUGCGAUCAUAUAUAACUAUUCCGUUUUGUUUGUGUUGAAUCGUUACGUUUAAUGACAAUAUUCAUAAUUGUAAUAACUGCAGUUCAGAAUCUAGGUUUAAUUACAAUGGACUUUUAUUAAUAGUUUAUUAUUUAUUUGAUAUACGCUUCAAUAUCACUAUUACUAUUAUUUCAUAUUAACCGUUGAUAAUCAAAAUGCGGACGGGACAUGUGGAUUUGUGGACUUAUCAGCGAGACCGUAUAAACUUGGAGUUAGGUCACCCGUAGUUUUCGUAUACCUACCUAAUAAUGUGAACUAUGGUCAUUGGUCCCGCUCGUUUAUACAAAAAAUGUAAACAAACGACGUGACACUUGUUAUCAGUUCAGGAAAAUAUAGCGGCCCAAGUGUUGAUGGUGUUCCAUCCGAUUUUUUUUUUUAUUAAUCAGUUCGAAAGUGAACACAAUAAUAAUGUCAUACCGUAUUUAUAAUAAUAUACCGUAAGAAUUUGUACUUAGAUAUACGUCAUUAUUAUUUUGUCAAGUGUUUUUUUUUUUUUUAUUUCGUACUACAUAAAUAGUUAAUACGGCGAUUCGUUUGUAUACGAUUACAUACUAUCGAUAUUUAAAUAAAUUUUAAUCGUGUACACAUGGCUACAACACGCCUACAUGUAAUAUUUCAACUCGUGUUAAUUUUCUGAUACGCAGUAAUACGUGGUAUCUGAAUUAUUUAACGUGGUUCCAUUGUAGGGAAUUCAUUGCAUUGCGUUUGAUAUUAAAAUAACAACGUGAUUUUAAGAGGAUGCUAUACCCGCAUUAUUACCGCAGUUUUGGUCUGACUAUAAUGGGUAAAAUUACGUUACUUGUUAGAACACGAAUUGUGACGCGUUUUGAUUGAAACAUAGAUAUACAACGAAAAUUAAAAAAAACAGACUAGUUUUUAAACCAAUAUAAUGGUUGUACCUUUUUUAUGUAACAAUAUUUUAAGAGAAAAGAAACGUACUGCAUUUGAACACACUUUUCUCUUUACAUUUUGUUAUUUGUGUUAAAACUUUAGUUAUUCCGGGACAGUAAAUGCGAAUAUAGCAUUCUUUUAAAUGUGUGAAAUUUAUAAAAUACAGAAAGUCUAAAAUUUAAAUUUCUCACUAAAUUGUAGAUUCGAUUUAGGGAAUUUCGUUUUACUAGUGUGAAAAAAACAUGUUCUUAAUAACCCUAUUAACCCUACUCAUAAUUUUCAUCUAUUCUGUACUGUUUUUUUGAAAAACAUUUUAGGCAUUUCUUCGUUAGGUUAUGAAGGUUAAGUAGGUUAGGAAUAUUUUAAUAGUCAUUCGGAAUAGACAAGACCGGGCAUUUACUCCCUAGAAAUUUAGAAAAACAUAAAAAAUGAUAAGUGAUUGUAAGAAACCAUUAUACCUAAGACUAGGUGUAUACCUAAGACCCAUGUCAAAAAAUGUUAUAUUUUUAGACUAUGCAUUUUUACAUUAUAGAACUGUCUACGAUAAAGUCUAUCAUAAUAUUAUUAUUUUAUUGCGUGAUUAGGGAGUAUGUAUUUGUGUUUCAUUGCGAAUAAAAUAAGUCGCUAGUCAGUGAAGUUGUUAGUUGAAUCUGUCUGUUUCGAUUAUCAUUAUUUUAUGUUACAGUAGAAUCCACUUAUUGCAAUGCUGUGUAUAACGAUAUUCCGGAUAAAACGAUUCCCAACCAUAUAUUUGGUUGGUUUUAUAUAUUACAUGCAGUAAUUUUGUUUGUAUAAAAUGAUAUCAUUUACAACGAUUAUUUGGAUAUAACGAUGGUAUUUGAAAUUUAAAUUGAUUUUUUUAUUUGCCUAUAACAAUAAAUUGGUCUGGUGUGAUUAUUCGUUAUCUUAUCUAUAAAACAUAAUAUCGUAGUAUGUGCAACAAUAUGUGUUUCACUAUUUCAGUCACUGUUUUGAUUUUUAUUCAUCAUUGUUUUUCUAUCGCUGAAUAUUUUAUUAUUACAAAACUUACUCCAAAAACCACCAAGAUACAAAACUGUAAACAUUGAAUUCUAUAUUCAAUAUUUUCAUUUACAUAGCAUGCAAUUAAGUGGUUGGAAGGCGAAGUAGUUUUUGUAUUAUUUAUAUAACAAAAACUAAUACAAUGACCUAAAGUUGUAUUUUUCUGGAAAAUUAUUUUGAACCUUUCGAUAAGGAGUGGAAACGACACACUUUCAGUGACCCUUCAAAUCGUAAAAAAAAAAAAUAUAAAACAAACAUUUACUACGAAAAUUACAGUUACACGUUGUUCAGCUGCGGUAACUCUAACUAAAAGAUCAGACUAAACUAGUAUUUAUAUUCUAGCGAUUUGUUUCACGUUUAUGAAACUCGUUUUCUGAAAUCUCAGAACAUGCCUACUUGAUGGAAAUUAAUUUAUAUAAUAUAAUAUACAUGAUAGGAUUUUACAACAGGUUUUAGAAAAAGAUUGGUGUGAUUAGAAAAAAACGAAUUCUUAAAAAUAUUAGAUUUUAAAACUAGUUUUCACAAAUAAAUUAACAUUUUAAUAUAUAUCUAUUUAGUAUUUUAUACAGUAUAUAAUAUACGAAUAUUUUAUAUAGAUAUAUAGUUUUAAACCUACUUAGUAAUCAAGUUAAUAAAUAUUUACAUUCUAUCGUUUUGUGGGUAAAAAAGGUAUAGGAAAUAUUAAACAACUAUAAUACCUAUUAUCUAACUCGAUUCUAAAUAUGUGUUUAUGUAUAAAAAGAAAACAUAUCUAUAAUACGAAUAAUUUAAAAAGUUUGGUAAACUGUUAAGUAAUUAGUCGGUUUAUUCCCCUCGUAAAGGUUACCCGAAAAUGAACAAAUAUAAACCAAUGUAUCGGUAUAUUUUUGGUCAGUUCUUUGAAUUAUUUAAAAAGAACUGUAGAGGAUUUAGAAAUUCUUUUCUAAUAAAAUAACAUCGAGGGAAAAAUUCAUAUCUUUUAAGGUACGGUGUGAUAAUUUGAUGCAUUUUUAUUGACUGUUUUCGAUUUUACUGGUUGUAAUCAAUUUGUACAAAACUGACAUAAAAUGUAUACAACAUGUGUAAUUUGCGUCAACAUUUCUAAAAUGUGUCUAUAAUUUGGACUAUCUCGAGUAAUAAAAAAUAUGAAUUGCAUAAUUUGCACUAAAAUUCAAAUCGAUUAUUCCAUCGAUGAGAAGCUAAAAACCUAGAAUUCCAUUUUAGAUUUUGAGUGGUUAUUUCAUUAAGUAACCGUUUUACGGCACGUCAGUAUUGACCUUAAAGCUACCCAAUAUCAAUAAUAUAGUAGUAUGAAGAACAUAUAUAGGUAUAAUUGAACAUCUACUUGUUUAUCGGAUGCAUAGAUAGUUAUUUUAAUGCAAAUUAUAAAUCCUUAUUUUAAUGUAAACUAUUAACUCCUUUGUUACUAACCAAAAUGUGUUUUCUGAGAAAAAAAAAUACAUAGAUAUACGAUACAAAUAUACAUACACUAAAAGCGUCAAACUUUCGAAACCAAGAAAAACGUCGCAGCAAAGUUUUUCGCGUUCAGUGUGGAUCGGAUUUUGAUAAAACCAUAUGCGUGGCCAGAUCUUUGUCACGUGUCGUGCACAAGUUAAAUGUGUUGUUUUAUUAACGGAUUGUAGUGAUAAAAGUCUAGUUGAAGUUAAAUAGAAAAGUAAUAUUAAUAAUGAAAAUAAUAUAUUUAUUUCAUCAUAUAACCAAAAAAAAAGUAUUUAAUUUAUUUAAAAGUUUAGUCAAAUUUUGCAGGUUGUACCUGCACAUGGUAGACACAGCCUAUAGGUAAAACUAAUAACUUCUUCGCUACACUUAUAGGUAGUAGGACAAAAAGGAAUUUAUUAAAAAAAAAACUGGAAUAAGACGAAAAACAUAACGGAUAAAAUACCCGGUCAAUCGUUUCUAUGAAAUACUGGUUUUAUUAUCAGUUGGGAUCAUUUAAUAAGAAGAAAACAAAAUAAUAACAAAUUAUUAACUUCGUUUAUAAAUCUAUAGCAGUACGAGAAAACUGUAUAAUUAUUAAUAGUAGUUUUAUAAAUAUUUCGUUUCAUCAUUUAAAUGUGAAAUUUUAUAAUAAUUCGUUAUUUAUCAAGUUCGACCGACAAAUAAAUUACAUUAAUCCAAGCUACGCUAGGAAGCCUACGCUAAAAUGUUAGUUUUUCAAUUAAAUUAGAUUACUUUAAUUGCUUGGAUAUUAUUGAAAGUUCCGACUAUAAAAUAUCGAAAAGGGCAGUGUUCUAUGCUCAAUAAAUAAAUGUUUAUGUAUUUCUUUUUUUACAAAUUAGACCCUUUCUUAUUGCAUUACAUAAUAUAAUGUUUCACUGCCAAGUCAUAUCAACUUAUUCAGAUUAUAAUACUAGUUGUAGAGUGAAUAACAUAUCAAUAUUAAUGGAAAUAACAGUUAAUAUUGUCGUAUUUUCGUUAGAAAAAAAAAAAUAUGUGCCAUUGAUGUAGAUUUUAUAUUAUCCUGCAGUAUACAUAGCAUAAUUACCUUGACUUACCUUACCUUACCGUUGUGUUACCUUUUUGUAUAGGAACUAGUAUGUUAAGGGACAAUUUGAUUUGGCGAUCGUAAUUCAACGUCAGCGUUGUAGUGAAUGAGAGGUGUUUUAGCAAGAUUCCCCAAAAAAAUGUAUUAUUAUUACACGUCCUUACGCCACUUUUAAAAUAUAAAUAAAUUCAGUAAUAUACAAACAAAAAACACGACUAUUACUACUCUACUCAGAAUAGUUUUUUGUCUGUAUAACUCAAUGACCCUGUAUAUUCUAUCUUCUCAACCACUCACCUAUCACAGUGAGCAGUAUCGACUGUUUUAUUAUUUGAUUCUGUAAUUUUGGGUGUGGACAUGAUAAUAUUAUUAUGCAGUUACGGUUUUUCUAUAUAGUUAAUAUUAUUAUUAUUUCUAAUUCAAUCUAUUCGACACUUGGCAGUUUGAUGGCUUAAGACAAAUUUGUACAUGUAUACAGGUAGCGUGUAUAACUCGCAGGAUAGUGAAUUUUUUUUUUUAACGACGAGAUUAACUCGUAUAGGUGCAGUUUUAGAAUAUGCAAAUACAUUAAAUAGAACUGGUAAGGUAAGGUAUAUUAGAGUUUUAUGUUUAAGUAUAUAUAUAUACAUAUAUAUGUUUGAGAACGAGUUCCGUUUUAUUAUUUUUUUUUUCGACUGGCGUUUUUGUCUGGAAAUUAUUCUAGUGCUGGUUGAUAUUAAGUUAAAAACGUUCACGUGUUAAAAAAUGUGCCUAUUUCUCGUAGUAUCUAAUCACGAUGUAGUAUAAGAAUGCAGUAUAGUUUGCAGUAUAGUCGGUGCCAACUGGAAACCGGUUUUUUUAUUCAUUUUUUUUAUUAUAUCUUCUUAUAAUAGUAGAUGAGUUUUGAAAUAUUACAUUUAUCAUCUAAAAUAUUGAGUUGAAUAUUCUUGCAGUUAGCUGCUUCAUUCAUAAUCGAUGAAUCGUAAUUAUUUAUGUUUGGUACUAUUAUAUUAUUUCGUGUACCUAUAAUUAUUAUUCAUUUUCGUUUCUAUUAUAUUUGAUUUUAUGCCGCGUCUCAGUUGGUAUCCUACCGUUUUGAAUAGUUACAUACGAAUAGAUUUUUUAUUGUUCGACUACUGUGAAUUAUAAUUUUGCUUUUUUUGUCCUUUACUUAUAGGUGGUUAUAUUUCUUACAGAUAUACAGGAUCGAAGCAUUAUUGUUAUAUUUUUUUUUUUUUAUUUUUGUUAUAUAGUCACGUAAAGUAUAUUAUAAAUAAUUUUAACAUAUUGUGGCAAUAUUGUUUUUUUAAAUAAUUAAACUAAAAUGUAUAAAAUAUUUACUAUAUAGGUACGGUUUUGCUCGUACCUACCUACGUAGUGUAUUGAACGAAAAAUAAUAAUAAAAUCAAGUCUCCUUGCGGAAACAGUUGCUUGUAAUAAUAAUAAAGAAAAAAAAAUCGUUUACUGCUGAUGGGUAUGCCACUGUUUUAGGAGGGAACACACACACACACAUACAUACAAACGUAAUAUAAUAAAACUGAUACAUUACUCGCUCUGGUUAGAAUAUAAAAAUAUUAAGUUUUUUCCAUGUAACCUGCAAUGGAUACACAAAAUAAAUAAAAACGUACUAUUUUUUGAUUUACGUGAAUAUAACUUUUUGGCGAAACUAAAAUGCAGUAUUAGCUCUUAUCUUAUUGUUAUUUAGUAAAGUUGUUUACUGAUAGAUAUUCAUACAGCAUUUAAAAUUUAGUUUACAAAGCUAUCAUAAUAUUUUAAGAAGUUAAGUAAUAAAUAAAGCAUAAUUUGGAAUAAGCAUAGCAUAAUUAUGUUUGGUUUCAAAGCGAUUCAUUUGCAAACUACCAAGAAUAUGUCAUAUGGGCAUUCUUAUUUAAGAUUCAUUAGGGUGACACGAAAUUGUUAUUGUUUAUGAAUUUAUGAUUUGUCAUCUUUGGGUAGGUAUUUAAAGAUUUAUAAUUUUAAGUUAUUAUAAAUGUUAUAGUAAAAGUACGAACACCGUUAAAUCAUAAUAUAAUAGAAUAAAUAAAAUAGUUUAGUUCAACUCCGAAAUUCGAAUUAUAGUAAUUGUAGUUUACAAAUAAGGUACGACAAAUCUUAAGAUAAACGACUUAUUUCAGUAAAAAAACACAUCAUAGUAAAACCAAUACAUUCCUGGCUAUAAAAAAAAAAAAUGCUUGGCUGUUAACAAAUUUUACACCAGAAUUAUUGCUAUGAUUAUUAACUUCAAGGGUGUUCUUUGGUGGAAAAUGUUGUCUAAUAUCAUAUACGCAAUGACGGUUUCUGUUAUUUUCGAUUUGGAUUAUUGUUAUAAUUUAGUUAGAAAUAACUAUAGAGACCAACAAUUUUUCCCGAAUAUUGAUAUGUAAUACAUAUUGGUCAUUUUUUAGAUAUACAGUUAAAAUGAUUUGUUUUAACUCAGCAAUAUUGAAAAUCAUAAUCAUAGUACCUAAUACAAACUUAGAGUUUCAAUAUCAAUAUGUUUGUAAUUUAUUUCUUGCUAUCAACUACAUACCUACGUAAUCCGAUGUUCAAUAUAUACGAACUGUUGCACUAUGAACUGUAUGCAUAAUACCAUAUAACUUGUUAUUUUUAGAUAAUAAGGGUACCUAAAUAGUUUCUUAUUAAUCGUUUGAGCAAUUUUUUUUUUAUUAUUCGCUAAAAUUAUAAUUAUAUCAAACUUUUUGAUAGUAAAUUGAUUUAGUGGAAGUAUGAAUAACUUUUAUCAUACUUGAUUGAUUUAUUAAUAGUUUAUACUAAUGUUUAGUCAAGGUCAAAGAAAUUUUCUCUUAAUUUGUAUUAAAGUCAAAAUGAAUGAAUAUUUCUAUUGUCUAUUUUUUAGAAUUAUCAACUAUCAUGCAUGCACAAAUAAUAUAAAUAAUACAUAAUUAUUUAUUAUUAUAGACAAAAUAAUCAUAAAAAUGAGAUGAUAUUGCCGAUGGGCGUGCCACUGUUCCAAAAGGGGGGGGGGAAGGUGAGAUAUAUAGAUUCAAUUAAUUUAUAUUUUUAUACAACUAAAUCUAAACCAUCGAUUAAAAAAAAAAAAAAACGAUUCGAAAACGAAGUGAUUUUUACGAUUUUCAUUAAAGUUUGAACUCUAAACGCUUAUUAAAAAAAGUAUAACUUUACUACAAUCAAUUUUUUUUCUUUUACCGGUAGUUAACAUUUUUAAUGAACCAGGAAUCUCUUCUUAAAUUUUCGAUUAUUUUUACUGGGCAAACAAAUGUAUUGUUGUAACAUCAUGUAACAAAUGUACAAACCAACGAGAACUAAAAACAUUCGGAACAUUUCAAAUAGCUAUAAAUAGUUUAAAAAAUCAACAGAAUGUUUUGAACAUUUUACCACGUCUAGAAAUAUAAUAUGUAUCUAGCAGCCAUUUUAACUGAAUUACAAUAAUAAUAAUAUUCAUAAUAAAAUCAAAUAUAACAGAAUUCGUUAAUGCUUAAAUUUGUCUUCCGAUUUUGAUGUUUUGUCCAAUUAUUCAGAAAAAAAAAAAUGAGAAAAAUUAUAAAAUGAUCACUUGAUUGGCAUUUGAAAAUCGGAGCAAGAUUUCGAGUAGAAUUGUGUUUCUCAGAUACAUCGUUAGUAAAAUCAACAUUUCUCGCUACUGGGGCUGAUCCAGAGCUUAAUGUUGGUGGGGCAAAAGUGCAAAUAUAGUACUAAAAAUAGUAAAUUAAAAGACUUCAUGAACCAAAACACACUACUUCACUACGGUGUAUAAGAAAAGAGGCAAAUGACUCUGUUGCCAUUCCUGGAUCCACCGCUGUCUCGCUAUGAAUCUAAAAAACGGAAAUUUCAACUUUUACAAUCAUUAAUUAUUAGGUACUCUAUGAUAAUAUUUCGUUCUGUACAAAUUCGAACAACAGUAAUAAUCGUUCGGAGUUUAACCGAAAUAUGUUUUAUCCCAUAUAGAUACUAAACCCUACGUUUUAUUUCGUCAAAACCCUGAAUUAUUUUUAGUAGUUUGUCUUUUAUACACUUUAUAAUGUAUGACCCGUACGCUCAUAAAAACAGUAUCAUUCCACUAUUAGUGACUAUUAAAGUCCCUUUCAAAAUAUAUGAAUGAUUACAGUGGUUAUAUUUACUAAAAUUAUAAGUCGCCCGAUUUAGUAGAUAGACAAUAAUAAUUAUUAUCUUAGGUACCUUAUUAUAAACCGGGCCAUACGCUUUAUGUAUAGUGCAAUUAAUAUGUUAUGUCGUCGAUGGAAUGUUUUGAAAAUUUAUAUUAUAAUAUUUGAAUUACAUUACAUUUUCGACGUAUAUACAUUUAAAAUGGUACGUUUUAUGAUUACUUUAAUUAUUAUUGCUGUUGAUAUAAUAAUACAACAAUUAAUAUUACUAUCAGAACUCGGAGUUCAAUGUUUAAUUACAAUUUAUAAUAUUUCAUUUUAUUUUUUUUUUUUUUUUUCGCUAUCGUAUGAUUUAGCGUGUUGUUGUAGUGUAUGUUGUGUGUAUUUAAUCUCAAGCGAUUAAAAUAUAAAUAUUUUAAUUUCGACAAUGUCCAUGUAUUAUUCAAUAAAAAUGCAUAGAAAAUACGCUUUAAUGUACAAUAAUAUAAGUAGGUACCUAAAGAACUUUUUUUUUUUUUUUAUAUACAGAUUCUAGAAGUCACGUAGCCAGGAGUUUUUAAUGGAGAGGAGGAGGUGGACGAACUCACAAUUAUUAUUAUACGUUAGCAUUAAUUCCCGUUAAUUACAUUUGAAAUUAUACUACUUUAUUAAUGAAAAUUAAUACUAGGUCGUAGUGAGUUUAUCAAACAAAACACCUAACGUCUAUUAAAUAGCGUGUCAUCAAUUCUCAAAAUAAUUAAAAAUUUAAGACUGAAAGUUUUUGACGGUUUUGUCUGAACUUUAAAAAUAUAAUAUUUACGGUUAUGUACGGUUUCUAUAGGAGGGACAUGGACCUUUUGAUCACUUCUUCCCGUCGUUAUGCCGUUGAAUACUUGUGACUACGAAAAUACAUUUUAUUUUUGCAGUCGGCAUUAUGAUUAUUAUUGUUAUCAUAGAAAUGUAGAGAAAAAAGUAUAACAUUAUCGUAAGUGUAUAAACAACUGUAAAAUAUUGGAAAAAAAGUAAAAAUUAAUAAUGAAGUAAUAGCUAACUUGAUUAUAGAUUAAUGCCCAAUAUACAGGAUAAUCAUUAACAAUAUGAAAUAUAGUUUGAACUGGGUAUUUUGGGAGCAAUUAGUAAACGUUUCUCAUCAUGUCUCUUGAUAACGAUUAAGAAACCGAUCGGCUAAAGUAUGUAGACCGGGGAUCCACUUCCGAGGAAGUGCUUGAAUUGGAAAAUAAAAAGAAGAGGGAUUAUAAGACUUUAAGCGUCCCUUGAAAUUAUUGGAUUCAAAGUAAACAAUGGGGGGUUUCACACCCCUAUAAUCUAUGAUAGAAGUGUUCUAUGUAUAGAGUACCUUAUACUAUUUUUCAAACAUAAUUCAGAAAUGUAUAAAAAAAAACCUGGCUUCAUUAAUAAUAACACUACUGUUGACUAAUUUUUUGUUUAUGUAGGUACGUUUACAAUGUAUACAUAUACAUUACAUUACAUAUACAUAUACGUAUACAUAUACAUAUACAUUGUAUAUUUUAGAUUCUACUACAAUAGAUUAAAUAUGAAAUGUGUUUUUGUAAUGGUUUCCGGUUGAAUAUAAAUUUUGUCUAGUUGGUGUUGUAAGACGGUAAUUUUCUUUUCCUUAUUGUUUUUUGAAGAACACGUAAAAUCUGAGAAACACGCCGAGGAAACUGUAGUAUUUAUACAAUAACGGUUUCUAGGUAUUAUAUUCACUUUUGUUUUAUAAUUAUAACUCAAUGCAAAAUAAUGGUACAAGCUGGCAGUUUCACUAAAUAUUUAUAAUUUAGUUUUUUGAUAAUACAUAUUAUGUAAAUUUGUCGAGAUAUGUUACAAUUUUCUAAUUAUGUAUAGAUAAUUUCAAAUUGUUUAGUUUUAUUUGAUUUUAUGAGCUUAAAAUUGUUUUGGCCCUGCAAAUAUGCUUAACAAACUCAUUAAAAGUUUACGUAAUAAGCGGUAAAAAAAUGUUUAAGCAUAAUGUAUCAAUUAUUUUAUAAGAGUUUGUAGUUUAAAUUUUAAUAUACAUGUAUUUUGUUCAAAAUUCAAAAAUAUGCUUAGGGCAAGUGGGUGUUCUACUAAAAAUAAUUACUAGAGGUACGCUAACAUUUCUGAAAAACUAGUUAAGGUACUAAGUCCUGCGUUCCCUCCUAAUUCGAGAGCUAGAUCUUGGUUGACGAACUGUGACAUCAUGUAGCAUCCUUUUUCGUUAAAAUCAGUAUCUACACUUUCUAUUUUUGCAGGAUAAACUGCUACUUAAGUAAAAAAUUCAAAUAUUACUUUUUUGUUUUUAUAAACAGUGAUUAAAAAAAGGUGGGUAAUAUACUACUGGUAGUAUUGUAUAUUAAACAUUUAUCAAAACAUUCAACAGUUUACUCCCUAGGUUAUUUUAGUAAGGAAGUCAUCGAAUUAACUCAAAAUUAUUUUUCGUGUCUAUGCAAUGAUUUAUCUUCACUUAUAGCAAAUAACCACACUAAGUUACUCUAUAUAUAUAUAUUUUAACUUCACUACUAUCCACCUAAAACAGCGACCUACCCACGGUGCAAAAUAUAUUUGGCUUUUAGAUCAAUACUAGCGUAACUAAUAUAAAUAUUUUAUUAAUUAACUAUUAAUUAUUUAAUAAAUUGUUGAAUAAAAAAGAAUUUGGAAGUGUUUAAUUAAGACGUGUUAAUUUUUUAAAUUUUAUCUUAGAAUUUUUAAUUACAUGUUUGGGAAAUUAGAGGAGAGUAUAUAAAAUAAAAAAAAUACAAAUUAAAAAAUACAAUUAAAUACUUUUUCAAAAGUUUUUUUUUUGGUAUUCCAAUUUAUGAUUGAGUUUGAACAGAACACAAUUUUUAUCUCUAAGUUGUAUAAAAAUUUGAUUAGAAAAAUGUCAGAGUGUGACAUACGGGCAGACAGACAGACAGGAUAAAAUACUAAUGGUUCCAUUUUUCCCACUUUGAUUACGGAACCCUAAAAAUCAUUAUUUUUUUGAGAACUUUUCGCCUUCCGAAAAAUAAGUGGUCAUAUGAAAUGUGAUUGUAACAUAACCUUCUAAAUUUUUAUUUGAUUAUCAAAUUGCAUUUUUCGGAAUAUCACGUUUUUCCACAUCCACUAACCACUUAGAUUCAUUCUUCUUUCAAAAUUUGCCAAAAUAAUAUUUUUCAAAAUUAAAAAAAAAAAAAACAACAAAUCCAUAAUAGGUACUUUAAUACGUUAUUUCAUUAAUCGUGUAAAAUAUAAUUAUGUAUAGUUAAUGUUCAUAACUGAAUAGUGUUCACAUUACCUAUCCCUGGACAUAUAUAUAUAUUAUUAUUUUUUUAGUUAAAAUAUUCAAAAUAUUUAAAAAAUCGCUUGAGAUUGAAAUUUUGUAGAAUAUUGUAAAAAACAAAAAUAUGAAUUCACAAUAUUAAACUACGGAGUUAUAGUAACUUUCUUGAUUAUUGUUUUGAUUAUAAAAAUAGGGUCUGCAAUAAUUAUUGUCGUAAUUUUGAACUGUAUAAUUAAGUUCAUUAUCACAAGCAAUUUAUAUUAAAGUGAUUAAAAAUUACAUAUUAAUUUGAUAAAUGAUUAAACAGAAAAAAAUAAAUACAAAUCGUUACUAAAUCGUGUACGGUCGUAAUAUUGAAAUUGGGAAUAAUUCUCAUAAAUUGUAUACACAAAUAGACAAAUUGUUUAACAUACAAUGACUGUGUUGACUCUUGAAUUUAAUUGUUAUCGUUAUUUGUUAUAGAUUUUUUGAUAUGUUUCUUUGUUCGUAUAUCCAUACAGUUAGUUUUCACAAAUGAUUUUAGAUUCUGAGUGAAACGAAAAACAAUAUAUUGGUUUUACAAUGUUUAUUUUAUUUAUUUUUUUUUAUCUGUGAACAACUUUCUACCAGCAAUUUUGCUUUGAUUAACAAGCGUAGUACUUUUUCUGAAAUAAAAUCUUACUAGGGUGUUACUUUAUGAAGGUUAUUUUUUGAUUUUCUCAGGAGUUUUCCCAGUAAAUGUGAAAAACAGGGAAAAGCGGAUGAAAAAUGAAAAAUAGGUACAAUAUUAAGCAAAUAUUAUUUAGGAAAAUAUAUAACGCAUAUGCACAUAUUUUGCCAUAAUAUUUCAUAUUUAUUGUUGACAAAGCAACACUAUCAACUGAACUCUGCUAAGAACUGUUUUUUCGUUUGCAAUUAUUACAGAUAUACAUUAAAUUUCCUUCUGUAUUUUACCUUUCCCAUUUUCCACCCGUUAUCCAAGGACAGCUUUUAUUGUUUUAAUUAAAUUAAAAAUAAUCGUAAAGAUUUGGAAUUGUGAUAAAAACUUAUACCUGCCUUUAGACGUAGUCAAAUUUUCAAAACAUUUUAAUCGUUUGAGCUAUGUAUAGACAUUUUAAUUUUGCGACUUUGCUAUGUAAUGUUUAUUCGGUAUGUACUCUAUAGAUAAAAUUAUUAGACCAAUCAGAAAUACUUGAAAAUUUAACAGGUACAUAUAUUAUAAGUCGUAUUGUGGUUUCAAAAAAAAAAAAAUUGAUUGCAAUGUACAAUUUUUUUUAUAAUGAUUUAAAUAUGCAAUUUUUAUUAGUGUUUUUAUUACGGAUCCAUGGUGGUUUAUUAUUAAUUGUUAUUCAUUUAACAAUGAUUAUAGUAAGUAGUGAAGUGAUUUAUCGACAUAUCGUGUGAAAUGAAAUCAUAAUUAUUCCAUUCAAUAUACAUUUGUUAGGCUCGUUAAUACGUGUUACAAACCAAAUAUAUAUUUACAUAUUUUUUGUUACCAAAAUAGAUUUUAAUUGGUUAAAGACAUUUUUUUUUUAUAAUUGUGUUAAAAAUAAUUGUAGAGAUCUAAAAUGUUAUUAGAAUACUUAUGCUGGUAUUUCGAGACGUUCAAUUUUCAAAACAUUGUGACGAUAGGCAUUUGAUAUUUCGCGUUUCUAUAGAUUUUAUUUAAUUUAAUAACUACCUAUUAUAUGGAUACAAUUUUUUGUAAAGAAACAGAAAUGUUUGAAAAUUUAACACGAGAUUCAUUAUAACUUUCAAUAAGUAGUAAAUAGUGAAAGUAUCGUGAACUGAUAACUACCAUGGCCUAUCGUGAGACCUUGUGCUUAUAUCAUAUAAUACACCGUAAAUCAUGUAUGGUCCGAAUAUCACAAAGCCAAUCCUGAUAAAUCCCAAUUAAGUGCCACCAGAUUCGAGACCCCUCAAAUUUAGACUAAAUGAUAUUUGUAGGACUGAUUAUUUAGAAAAUACAUUAACGCUAUACUAAUAAUACGUGGACCAAUAAAAUUAUAAUAACAUGAUUGGUACGUGGAUAAGCAAGUUUAAAAAAAAGCUACAAGAAGAAAUGCACGUCAGUCAUGACUCAUCAGCAUCAUACGAAGACAAAUGAUUCAAUGGUUCAAUUAAAUAUACACUUUUACUCUUUUUUGAACUAAAAUAAUAAUUUUUAAUUGUCGUACAGUUUUCGUUAAUAUUUUAUCAUAAUACAUGGGUAAUAUUAAAUAUUAGAUUUAUAAUAUUUUAAUGCAUAUUUCACAUCAUUGUAUGAAAUUAAAUGUUGAAGUGGUCACUUGAAAACAUAUAAAAUCUCUAAGAUAAAAAACACAAUAUAAGUGCCUAACAUAAUCAAUUUAAUAAAAUAAAACUAUAAUAAUCUUAAAAAUUAAUACUAAAAUAUUAAAGAAUCAAUUUAGGUACUGAGUUGUAAUAACAAUGUUUUUUUUUUUUUUAGAUAAAAAUCCAUGUGAACACUAUUGUUGUUUAAAAUCAAAAAUAGAUAUAGAUUUGAAAGUAUAUUCGAAAACCCAUAAUCAUCAAUGUAUAUCUUAUUUUCUCAAUAUAUGUCGUUUUUCUAUAGCUAGUACCUAACACCUUUAAUCAUGUACUAAUCAUUAAAUAUCAUAUGAAAUGACUGUGUUAAUUUUUAUGUUAAUAUUUUACGGUAGUCUAUAUAUAUUUUUAGUGUACCAAUACAUCAAGACCAAAUACAUGUACAAUCGAGUUCAUUAGUUCCGAUCAAAAUUACCCGAUUAGAUCAAUGUCGAUUUCAGAUGGUCCGGAGCUGACACAAAAACCUAGGAGGUCUACAAAUGCUGAAGGUUAGAAAAUCUAUACAAUUUUAAAUUUCAUUUUGACAUAAUAAAGCAACAGGUUAUUAUAUUGAUUUUUUCUUAGCUUGGAUCGGUGGUUUGUUAUCGGUAGGCGUUAUAAGUUUAUCGGGAUUAGUAGGUGGAAUAUUUUGGCCAUUACUCAAUGACCCCAAAAAGAAGAAAACUGUCAUGCGAUUACUAUUGGGUUUGGCCACAGGAUCGUUGUCGAGUUCAGCUGUAUUUCAACUUUUACCGGAAGUGAGUGAAAAUACUGAAAACAAUCUUUGAGAGGGAGGGGUAAGAUUAUAUUGAUGUAUAUGUAAAAUUGCAGGCAUUUAAAAUACCAGAGGCAUUUCCCGACUACAAGUAUACUGCACUGAUAAUGUGGUUAAGCUUGUGCGGAUUGUAUACCAUCGAAACGUUGGCAGGCAUUUUUUUUUAUAAAGAAGAGAAAAAGGUAUACGAUUUUUCGAAUAGGUUUACGUAUACAUACGUUGUAUUUUUUACUCUAGAUGACUAAUACUAUGUGAGGUUUAUAGAUCAUUGUCGACGAAUUGUCGCCGUCCCUUCAACUCGCUAACGGCAACACUACAGAAAUGAAACAAAUAUCACACGGGCACAGUCACAAAAUGAAUACAAAGUCCAAUGUACGAGUAUAAAAAGCAUAAUUAUUUACAUAUAUUCCGUUGAUUCUUUUAUAUCAACGAUUAUUCACAUGGAGAGUUUAGUACUUUCAGUCAUAUAUAAUAUUAGUUUGUUUAAUAAUCGUAUUUUCUAUAUCAAUAAAAUGUGACCCUUAUUGCCUAAUUUAACCUAACUAUAGAUAUAUGUAUCAACUUUUGAUUUUCAAGUACAAUUCACAUGGAUAAUUUUUAAACUCAAAUUUAAAUGAGAAAAAAUAUUAUUUUUCUAAACACUUUUUGAUACGCAGAAAUCUAUAAUAUCGGAAAAUCGUUUCUGUGUAACAGAUUUUAAAGUAGUUUAAUAUUUGGAUCGAAUGGGUUGGGAAGGAUAAUAAUAAUAAUGGCAUAUCCACAAAAAGAUAACCCUUUCCCCAUUCCUCCUGCCUAAAUUCAUGAUAAAAGAAUUACCAUGCAUAUCUUUAUGUGUGGUGUGAAAAUAUCAUCAUAAUAUUAUUGUUUUGUUUGUGAUAGGACGAUAAGAGUCCAAUAUCGACACUGGCCCUGUUGGUGUUGUUCGGCGACAGUCUUCAUAACGUGAUCGACGGCAUGUCGAUCGGUGCUGCGUUUUCGGAAAAUGUCACUACCGGAAUAUCUAUAUCGAUCGCCAUAGCGUGCGAAGAAUUCCCCCAUGAAAUAGGUAAACAAAUUAAAAUUUGCGGCCAUCUGUUGAAAGUAAAAAGUUGGGAAGGUAUAAUACCUAGGACAAUUUAGUUUAAAUACUAGCCGCAUAUUGGUACGAUAAAUCAUUGCAAAUGAACAAUGAUUUUGAGCGAAGUUCGGUUUAAACAUUUUUUGAUAAAUUUAAAUUGUAAAUUAUAUUCAUUCAUAACCAUAAAAUUAAUCACAAUCAUUCAUGUUUUUAUUAUUUACGAUUUUCAUCAACCUUAAAAUACACGUAUAAAAAUAAAUCAUGAAAUUAAGUAUAAUUUUUUUACCACUUAUUACAACUCAUGAUUUAACCUUUUAUAGAAUGAGUAGUUUCACAGGGCUAAAUAACUUUAGUUACAUAAAUAAAUCGAAAAAUAGUAUGCAGAAUUUUGAUGGUUAUUAGUUUAUUACGAUUUACAACCGCUUAUAAAAAAUAUCGUGAUUGCGGAUUUUUAUGUAAGAAACUACUAGAAAAUCUUGCUUGUAACGAACAAAUUUUUGAGUAUUUGGAUACAUAAACGGCCAAAAAUUUUAAUUUAUUAAAACCGAAAAAUGAAAACAAUUUAAAAUAGACAUAAAUAACUUAAAAUCACCAGAAUAUAUUUAAAAUUAUAUCAUGUCUAGUAAGUGCUAAUAUAAGCAUUUGGUGUAAAUUUCAGGUCUCUACAAUUAUUUUUCACUAAAUUUUAACAAUAACAAAAUUGAUUUUACAAGAAACUGCUGUUUCUUAAAUAUUUUCGUUUUCUCGCACAAUUAAAAAAAAUUCUAGGAAAAUCCACAAAAGAUAAUAUAAGCAUACCAAUUAGACAACAUUUUCUAGCACAAAUCAUCCUUGAAGUUGAUGAUUGGUGUGAGAUUUCUGGUCGAAAAAUUGUUUACAGACAAAAAAGAAAACACUCGUCACAGUUAAAUUUAACCUAACCUACUUACUAAUUUUUUAGUAGUAAAUUGUAGUAGUAGCAAAUUUGUAUUUAAAAGAAUAUAAUAGUAGGUAUAUAUAGGUUUUAUAUAUGUUUAUUAGGUGUUAUAUUAAAAAAAAAUAUAAGUUGUUCAGAUAAACAUAAUACUCAAUACAAUUUUAUAAAAAAACUAAAAAAAAAAAAACCCAUAUAUUUAUCAACUUAUAUAUUAUAAUAUAUUGGUAUAUAAGUAAAAUAAAUAAAUAAACAUACAUGUAUAGAAAAAGAACAAAAGAAAACCAGUGUUUCCAGUGUAUCCAGUGUUGUAUUUAUAAAGAUGGGCCACGGGUGAUCACAUGUCCAGAGGUGACAUAUCUUUGUGAAGAUAUGUUUAAGCAAAAUUAAUUUUAAAUAUGUAAUAAAAAAAUACAAAAAUAACCUGUCCUUGUUUAAUGGUGACGGGAGCAGCAAUAAAGGAAUUUAAUGUAUAUCUGUAAGCAACGAUAAACCAUUGAUAACCAAAAAACAAUUUUGAGUGGAGUUAAGUUAAUAGUGAUGCUUUGUCAAUAAUACAUGUAUCAUACUAUGGUAAAAUAAUCAUAUAGGUAUUAUAUAUUUUCUUUUAUAAAAUUUGUUUAAUACAGUACCGAUUUUCCCGUUUUCCUGAUUUUCUUAUGUUUUUUCUCGGUUUCCAGAUUUUCUGGGAAAAUUUUUGGGAAAAUCAAAAUAUGAUUUCUCUAAAGUGCCUUCUCAGUCAGAUUCCUUUUCAAAAAAAGUGCUAUCAUUGUAAAUCAGAGCAAAAUGGCUAGUAGAGAAGUUGUUCAAAAGAAAAAAAAAGGCCUACAUAUUUUUUAACUAAUACCUACCUACCUACAUUUCGUACACUCUCCCUGUUUUUCUCUUUUUUUUUGGUUUUUAAUAUUUUAUGAGAAAACUGAGAAAAUCAAAAAAUGACCUCCUUGAUGUACCACUCUAAGAAAAUUUAAUUUCAGAAAAAGGUCUACAUCGUAUGUAUUAGAGUAAGCUUUGUGGUAGGAAAAGUGUUUGCAUAAAAUUCAAAAAAAUGUAUACAUCUUUAUAAAACAAAUACAUUUUUUGCUACUCUCAGAAUCUGAAACAACUUAAAACUCAUUUUAUUUGUAUUUUAUACAAAUAUUAUAUAUCAUUAGAUGUAUUAUUAUAUGUAUUACUAUAUAAUAAUAAUAGGAUCAUAAAAAUGUUCAAGAAAAAUCUAUUUUUGCAAUCAGCUAAAUAAUAAUUUAAUAAUUAGUAAUCAUGUUUUGUUAUUUAAUAUUGUGUUUUAUUAUGUAAAAAAGCUUUAAAUUUUUUUAAUUAAUAAACUAUUUAAUUAAUUAAUUGUUCAACAUCAUCAUUGAACGCUCAACAUUGCCAUCAUGAGAUGGUUGCUAGAUUAAUCACUACCUGGGACGUAUUUAAAUGUGUUGAUAAUAUUAAAGAAUCUCGAUCAUAGUUGAAAUAAGUGUAAUAUGAUAAGUAGGGUUACAUAAAAUUGGUUUUUCUUUGUGUUACAAAUUGUAAUUUUUUUUUUCUAAAUAUUUGUUGAGUUUUAUGUUUAGUGUGAAGAAUUCUUUGUAAAUGAGUAAAUGUUACCUAGAGUUGAAUAUUUUGUAAAAAUCUAUCUUUCCACAUAAAACGUUUGAUACCGAUUUACCUAUUUCACCAGAUUAGUUUGAGAUUAUAUUUAUUUUAGUUAAAAAUAUAGGUAUACUUAAGCAUUAUUAGUAUACCAACUCAAUAGCAUUAAAUCUUCUAAUAGAUUAUGCAUGGUAUAUACCUUUAUUAAGAUAAUGAAACUUACAGCUUCAUUAUGAUUUAUGUAUUUUUAUUAUUAUUUUAUUCAUUAAUUCACAGUUUUAUGGAGGAUACGACAUAUUAGACGUAAAUUUCACUAAAUACUAGGUAUAUACUUGUGAGAUAUCUAGACGAAAACCGUCUUAUAAAAUAUGAACGAUUAUGUUAUUAUUAUUAUUAUUAUUAUUUAUAUACUAUUUUAUUAUAUUCGUAUGAACGAUAAAAAUCAGAUUCUUUUCUCGUUUGCUGUUUGUACUUAUAUAAAUUAUUAUUUUUCCAGGGGAUUUCGCUAUACUCAUUCAGUCAGGUAUGUCGUUCCGGCGUGCCUUGUGUUUUAAUUUCCUGUCGGCGUGUACGGCGUUUAUAGGAUUUAUUAUAGGCAUAUGUUUGGGCAACAUGGAAUAUUCUGGGUUCGUUUUCUCUUUUGCUGGAGGAUUGUUUUUGUUCAUUACGUUAACACAUUUGGUAAGUAGACAACGAAGUAGAAUAAUCGUAUUACGUUUAAAUGUAAAUCUCAUGAAAAAUUUAACACGUCAUCUAAGAAUAAUAUGCUCGAAAAUUGAAGUACAAUCUAUAUAGAAUAUAUUACCAUUAUUACUUAUAUUAGGUAUAUACAGGAUGAUUCACUAAGCGUGCUCAUCCAAUUUUUUUAGUUGAAUUUGACAUAUAUUCAAAUUUUGAUUUUUGGAAUUUGAAUGUAUGCAAUGUUUAAUAAAAAAAAAAAAUUGGACGAGCACACUUAGUGAAUCACCCUGUACAUAUUAGGUUAAUGUUGGACAUUGGAUAAUGUCAACUUUUCGUCCAAUAAAACUGAUUUUGUGCUAUUAGUUUUAAUAUUAGAGUGAAUUGGUCUAUUACCAAACUCAAAGAUAAAAACAAUGUCUGUAUCUUUGGUUUUUUUUUCAGAUGUUUUAAUUUUUAAUUAUUAGGAGCAUGUGAAGUAUUUUAAUUUAAAAUUUGCAUUUUGCUUAAAAAUUAAACUAUCGGGAAAAAAUGAUCGUACAAACACAGAAAUUGUUCUUAUCUUUAAGCUUGAUAAUAGACAUAUUCACCCUAAAAUUAUACUAAAUAACAGCUUAAAAUCGGUUCCACUGAACGAAAGAGGACAUUAUCAAAUUUUCAACAUUAGACAUAACAUAUGUAUUAUCAAUAAAACCAGUAAAAUAUGGUUAUAUUUACUCCCCUACUGACCUAAAUCACAGAUAGGUCAAAACAUACAAAAACUAUAAUCGUACAUUCCAUUUAAAUAUAACGAGUAUAAAUCGUAAAUUGUAUACAAAGUUUAAACAGUAUAAUUUAGUACAAAAUUAAUUUGUUGAAACUUUGUAUUAUUAAACUAUAGUUUGUGAUCUAUAUUAACGUUUAACAAUAUUUACUUGUAUGUACUCGUUUAUAUGUUAUUUUUCAGCUAUUCAGGUGAUAGUAUACAACAGUAGAUAUUCGUGUAGAGCGAAAAACUAUGUAUUUCAUAAGGCAUAUUAAUAUAUGCCUACAUGGUACAUUAUUACAAUAAUAAUAAAAAUAAAAAUGAAGUACUUAAGUGGCUUGAGUGACUAAAGUACUUAUUAUAUGUGUUCUUAAGGAAAAUGUUUUCCAAUAGAUGAAUACGUUAGAAUAAAGAUGAUUAACCUUCGGUUAAUAGUUUUAUGUUUGAGUUUAACUCCUGGUUUUACGUUAAUUCUCAAAAAAUUAUGUAAAAUCAUCAAAACAGGAUAUCGAAAAAAACUUUCUGUGAGAUCUGUUAAAACAUCUCGUAAAAAAAAAAUGUUAAUUCAUUUUCUGUCUCCUUUAUAUAAAUGGUAUAAAUGAUAAAUUUGUCACCUUUAAAAUUGUGCCACUCCAAUCAUCUGCUCGUUCUGCUUGUAUAUAAUAAUGAUGCUGCAAUAAGUGUCUACCAUCAAAUAUAAAAAAAAGCGAUAUUUCAAUAAAAUGUAUAUUAAGUCCCUUUGGAUAUAUUUUAUAUUAUCUCAAGAAUGCCACUAAUAUUGAUAUUAAAAUUUGUGUUAUGUGUACAAUUUAACUAACUAGGUACUCUAAAUAUUACGAAAUUCCAGAUGGAUUUACUUGGAAUGUUUGUGUUAUGUCAUGUAUUUACCCGUAUUUUCUCUCUUUAGUAAAAAGUGUAAUCAUAUACAAUUUACUUUAUCUAGUAUAAAAUAUUUAAUCCGGAAGGUACAAUUAUUAUGAUUUAAAAAUAUUGAAGGUGUAUUUUUCUAUAAUUUGUCGAAAUGAAAUAGGUAUGUACCAAUUAUAAUUUAUGAUGUAGAAGAAUUAUUUGUUCUGAGUUUUGAACAUGUCACAAACAUGACUUUAUGGACAUUAAAAUAUAUUAUUUUAACUCAAAUGAGGAUUAAAUUAAUUGCAUAGUUUAGACUUUAGUCAAAAGUUCUGAGUUUGUACGUUAUAACUGAUAAUAUUAAAAUAUUUUAAAUAAGAUGUUUAAUACCUAAAUUUUAAAUUUACCAUUCAAACACAUAGGUACGUAUAUUUAAGGAAAUGUAUUGUACAAUUUAAAACAAAUGCAUUAGGGAAAUAUUUCAAAUAAUUAUAUUUUAUUUUAUUUUAAAUUUUAACGAAUUACAGUAGUAAAAUGACAUUGUACAAACUACCAGCGAUUAAAGAAAAUAAUAAUACCGAAUACAUACAAUAAUUUAACAUUUUAACAUAAAUUAAUCUUAUCGGUUGGCUUAGGUUAGAUCAGUUUUUAAGUCAAGUUUUAUAAAUUUUAUCUGUUUCAGUAUCCAUCUUUGUUUCAGGAUUAACAAUUUUUGCAGAGCUUAAUUUUGCAAUUGAUGUAUUAUUUUAGUUUAUAUUUUAUUUAUAAUAAUAUUUAACACAUUUAACAGAAGGCAUUAUUUCUAUUUUAUGAUAUUAAUUUUUUUGCCAAAAAAUUGUUUGGUUAGAAUGACAUUUUUCGUAAUAAUAGAUAGACAAAAAAUAAUUAUUGUAUUAUAAGAAAAAAGUGUAAAUAGACUUUUUAAAAACUCUUUUUCAUUAAGGUUACUUAAAUUAUCUGUAGGUGCCGUGUGUAAGAUUUCUUCGUUUGUAAAAUUUGUCUACAAACCUAGCUAGAUUCUCGAUACAUUUUUUUUUUCUUUUAUUGAUCUUGAUUCACUGUAAAUUUUUCAAACGCUGAUAAUUUAAGCGAUGAACUAAAACUACUUCUAUACUUAUAUUUUAAAACUAUGGUAAUCAUAUAUAAUAAGUUCUAAACAUUAAUAAUAAGUAAUAACAUAUUACAUGAGUACUUGUCAGUAAAGUAUUGUAUUUAUAACUAAAUUAAUUUAAGAUUUGCUCUUCUAAGUUAAGUAAAUUAAGUAAGUCAGGAUACAAAAAGUUAUUAAAUUUAUAUUUGUACACAGUGAAAAAUCAUUUUAAAUAAAAAUUAAUAUCGAUUGAAGUUCGGUAAACAUUUUUCGAAAUUCCAUAAUGUUAACGAUUUUCUGGAACAUUUAAACUUAAAAGAUUGUAAAAGAAACUAUUACCUACAUCAAGCGAAUUUCAUGAUACUUUCACCCUUUGUAAUACUUUGUACAACUUUUAAUAAAUUUGAUGUUAAAUUAUCUACUAUCAUUGUAAAUUGGAGCAAAAUUAAUGGAAGAAAAAUUGUUCACAGAAAAAAAAAUAUUGUAAAACUAAUACAACUUGCUCCACUCGGAAUCUAAAAUAGAAAAUAAAGAAACCGAAAAUAAUCCCGAAAACUUUCCCAUUUUUUUCUCAGUAAUCAUUAAGUAAAUUACACGGAAAAUACAAAAAUUAUCUUCCCAACGCAUCAACUAGAUCCAAAAUAUUACAAAAAAAGCUCUCGUAUAUCGAAUUCAGUAAAUAAGAGCCCAUGUAUACCUAUACCUAUACAUCCGGUCGGUUCAAGUUAACUAUAUUUAAUCACGGUAUAUAUAACUAUAUUUAAUCACAAGUACUGAUUUGUUUAAUUCACUGAAAUAAUGACAGCAAAAAAUAAGAAUGCUUAGGAAAAUGGAAAAUGUAAAAACCUGGAAUGUACACUUCUUUUAAUUUUCAUCACAUCAACCGUAUAAUAUGUAGAAAAAACACCAGGUUAAAUAAUAUUUUAUGUAUGAUUUAAUGUGAUUUUUUGAAAGACCAAUUUCCAUUGCAUGAAAUAGCUAACCUAAUCAAACUUUUCAUAAACAGAUCGAUUUCACCAAGGAACUUUAUACCCUAUACAUAUUAUGAUCAAUUAACUUGGGGAACUUGGGGUGCUUAAGUUGUUCAGUUUUAUCUAUAGCUUUGCAGACUUUAUUUACGUUAUUUAGCAUAUUAAAUUUGAUUAUCAAGACUAUCUAAGCAUAUAUUAUUAUUCUUGAAGAAUGUUUAUAUUUUAAGAUGAGUUUUUUUUUAUUGAAACAUAUUUAUUAAUUAUUUUUAAAUGUUUUUCAGACACCCGAAAUGAAGAAUAUGGUUGAUGAAAAUCUAACAGAAAGUAAAACUUCCGCGUACAUAGGCUUAUUAUUGCAAAACAUCGGGAUGUUUAUUGGCGCUACUCUGAUGUACAUCAUCACUUUUUCGGGUUCCAUAAACAUUCAAUGGUAAGGGAAAAUAACUAUUUUACAGGGAAGAAUGUAAAAUUUAAACCUCUUUGAAAACUAACAAAUAUGGUUUGAUUGGUAUCACAAUCACGGUGCUAAGUUAGUAACUAGUAUUUUCAAAAAUAUAAUGUCUAGUACUUAUAUGUCCAGAAAUUAAUUCCGAAUGUACAAAAUGUCAAAAAAGUGAACGUUCAGUCCAUUUGGUUUAGAAUAUUUAAACUAUAAUAAGACAAUUAAAUAUAUAUAUAUAUAUAUAUAUACAUAUAUGUUUAAGUAGGUAUAUGAUAGUUAUAAUAUUUAUUUAUUAAUCAGUUUAUUGGAUUAUUCAAUUUAACCAAUUUAUGAUUUAAACUUUGUGGAGAGCAAUCACUCUGAAGUUUAGAUAUUAUAACGUUACAUCUAUUACAAUUUCAGUUUCAAUAUUGUUCCUAUAUACCUUAAUAACUAAUGAUGGACAUUUACUUGAUAAAUGUAUUUUUAAUGUAAUACACUGACAUAAUAACAAAUGUUAUUUUGUAACUUGUUGCUGUCUGUACUAACUACUGCAGAGGACUUUUACAAUUUGCAUAUUUCCUUUACACAAUUAAAAAGCGGUCCUUGUUAAUGGGGACGGAAGCAGCUACUGUUAGGUAGAAAGUUGUAGGUAUAAAGUUGGACAUGUAAAAUACAGAGGAGAAUUUAAUGUAUAUCCGUAAGCAUUAAUAAACCAUUGAUAAAAAAACGAUUUUGAGCGGAGUUCAGUUGAUAUUGAUGCUUUGUCAACAGUAUAUAUGUCACAUCAUGGUAAAAUAAUUAAAUAGGCAUAUAUUUUCUUUAAUAAUAUUUGUUCAACAUUGAUCCGAUUAUCUCGUUUUUCUUACGUUUUUUCCAGUUUUCCCAUGGUUUUUUGAAAAAAACUUUCCUAAAGUACCUUCCUAGUAAAAUUUCUUUUCAAAAAAAAUGAACAUUUAAUAAUCGGAGCAACAUUUCUGGUAGAAAACUUACGUGCAGAUAACCAUAAAAAAAAAAAUAUAUAUAUAUUUUUGUAAAACCAUACGCUUCUUCGCUCUAUUCAAAAUCUAAAAACUAACAGAAUAAGAAACAAAUACUUUUUUUAUUUUGAUAGAGAUAGAUUUAUUAAUUUAUUUUGCAUAUAAAUGCAUGUAUCGAGGUUUUUUUUUUAGGGCUGAUUUUUUCCAUUUUAUACUUUUUGAGAAAUAUUUCAAAAUUUUAAAUAUCGGCUUUUUAAUAAACGUUUUUUUUUCAUUUUAUAAUGCGACCAAAAUUGUUGAAUUUAAAUUAAUUUUAAAUUUGUAUAACGUAAUAUGGUGGUUGACUGUUUGCAGAUGCACGUUUUUCCUAGAAACAUUUGACAAUCGCCGAUUAGAUUAAUUUUCCGGUUUAAUUUUAUUUAUAAACAAUAAAUAUAUUUUCUAUAUCAUAGGUAACCAGAUAGGGCGUUAGCAAAAUAUUAAUAUUUAUUAAUUAAUUAGUUCAUUAUAUCAUUUUAUAAAAUAAUAACUAAUAUUAGUCUUCAUAAAUAUAAAUUAUAAUAUAGCUAUUAAUGCAAUUAAUUAACUAAUUACAUCGACAAAAUCUUAUUAUUUAAAACUAACUUUUUUAACUAUUAUUUAUAUAUUUGAUUAAAGCAUUAAAAAAAGUAUUAGAACAUAUUUAGCAUAUUUAUAUAGGGUUCUUAAUUUUUAUGUACAUAAAUGCUUACACAUGCUUUUUUAGAGCUACAAGUCUUGUGCCUUAUUUAUUACCAUAAAUUGAUGCUUAACAAAUUAAUUUCGAAACAUUUAUUAUUCAUUUUUUAAUUAAAUAAUAAACAGUCUUAUUUAAUCUUUUAAACUAGACCACAACAAUAUGUCAUUAUUAUCAUUGCUAUUAUUACUAUUAUUUUUUAUCUAAAUAUUACAACUUAACAAAUUAAUGUAAACUUGUUGGCUUAUUUUUUACUCGAAUAAAAGGUUUGUUCAGAUCAAAAAAUCAACAUUUUGGGUGGGUAAAUAAACGUGAAUAUAUGUGAGGGUAAACACCUAAAUCAAAAUGGCUAUGAAAAUGCUCACAAGUAUUAAGGCUACAGGAGAUUAUGAAAUAGCAUCAGAAUUAUUAAAAAGUUGAAGAGAUAAUUCAAAAAUAGAUUUAUGGAGCAUAUUAAAGGAAGUGUAGGUAAUGGGUGUGUGAAAAAACAUCAAAUAUCUGUCCAAAUUACCAAAGUAAUUUCUUAGUAGGUAUAUUGUUAAUUGACCAUAUACGUAUAUAAGCAACUGAUAGAGAAAUAUUAUAAAUUUAAUAAGUAAUUGCAUUUACUAUUCUACAAGUUGGUACAACUUUGUUAGAAGAGAAGACUUAUGAAAACACCUAGAAUUGAUUAGUAUAUUCUUCUUCUUCUUCUUUUUCUUCUUUCUUGGUUUCGGCCAUUCAAGACCAUACCUCUAGAUAAACAUACUGCCACCUAUCCCUAUUCUCUGCUACUUCCUGCCAAUGACACUCCGGCUCCACUGUUUCAGUGUCUCUCCUUACGCAAUCCUCCCAUCUUAGACGCGGUCUUCCAAGAGGUCUCCUCCCUACUGGGUUUUCCUCUAUUACUCUUCUUAUUAAAAGUAUUAGUAUUAGUAUUAAGUAUUAUUAAAGAUUAGUAUAUUAUCCAAGUAAAGAACAAUGAUCAGAAUAUCUAUACAAGCAGAAAGAUGCCAAGUAAGAUUUGGACAAACAUACUGUGAAAAGUUAUUAACUACAAUUGUAAGGCAUUUUCUUCUAUAUAUUAGUAGAGAUAAAUGAAAUGAAAUGUGUAAUGGGUUUCUGAAGCCGAAAAAAAAAAAUAUCAAAAUAUUUAACUAACUUUUGAGUACUUACUAAGUUUACUAAAUUGUUUAAAUUUUGAAAAUUAAUGUUUUGAUUUUUUAUACAUUACCCAUUACAUUAUACUAAAUAUGUAUGCUACAUGCACGCACUAGUCACUGAACUUUUUUUUUUGGACAUUUUUACUAAUGGACAUUUUAACCUGAAAUCUGACUAUUACAUGACGUAAACAGCUAGAUUCUCAAAAGAAAACAAAUUAAACCAUGUUUUAAUUUAAUUUGAAUAGGUAAUGGAUUUAAUUUUGUUAAUAUCCCUUCAAAAUUUAUGUCAAUAAAGAAGUCAUAAAAUUUACGACAAAUUUAGUUUUAUCAAAUGUGUUAGAUUUAAAAACUGUUAAUCUUGUACCUCAAGUAAACGAAUUAGUUAUAUUAUACUUAAUGUAUGUCUAAUAUUAUGUCAUAUUUUUCAGAUACAUAAUUUUUAUAUUAUUUGAACCAUACAGUGGUGCAUUUAUAGCGUGAAAUUUAACAUUUCAUUAAUUGCUGCAAUUGUGCCAUUACUUCAAUAUUUUAAAUAUUAUACGAAUAAUAAAAAACGAUACGGCUCUAAAGAAUACACACCGAAAUCAUAAAAAAUUACAACGAGGUAAUGACACAAGUAAAUUAAUUUGUCAUCAGACGUACAAUGAUGUGUGUUUUGUAAAAAUUAAUUGUUUAAAGAAAUAUAGUGUAUUAACUUAAGUAUAUAAUAAAUUACAAUUUUUUAACAUUGCCCAGGAAGUAAUAAAAAUAUGUUAAUCUGUUUUCUAAGCCUCUUAAUAAAACCCAUUCAUCGAUUGUAUUACCUGUUUUUUUUUUCUAUUAUAUUAUUAGUGAUUUUGAUAAAUUUUAUUAUAAGUUAAUCGAAUACUAUUAUUAUUUCUGUAUUUGGCUGUUCUUUUUUAAAAAAUAGUUUUAAGUACUUAUAUUAGUUUUAACCGUAACUAUCUGUUAUUUCACAUAAUUAUAUUUGUAUCGAUGUUAUUUUUAUGAGUAUUUUAGUAUAAUAUUAUGUUUUUAUUUUGGUAAUUUUUUAGUAAUUUUUAUAAUAAUGAACUUUUGAAUACCGUGCAAAACUGUUACUUAUUAUUUAUAAUCACAGUGUUUUAUAACAAAAUAUAUACCAAAAAACCAUUAUUGUUAUUACUGUUUGAGUAUUGAAAGAUAAUUUUCUCAGAAUCUUACAUUCAUUGUUUCCAAAUUUAAAUAAUAUUAGUUUAAAAUAGAGAAAGUUGGCGAAUAUAAUAAAUUAUUGUUGUAUAUUCAUUUAAAAUGUACACGUAUGAAUAUAGUAAUAUGUUAUACGGAUUUCAAAAUAUAUUUUAUAUAUUUAUCAUUUAUAAAAACUAGUUUCUUAAUUUGACAGUUUAAAAUAAAUUUUCAUAUUGUUUAUGAUAAGACCACAAUAACAUAAUAAGAUACAUACGUUUUAUAAUAUAGGUAGAAACAAAUAUAAAUUAAUAGGCAA